CAAUUAGAAGAAAGGAGGUUUCUUCAGUGGUUGAAUUUUGGCUGUUCAACUGGUCUAUCAAUCUGUGAUAAGCUGUAAUUCAAAUGUUGUCAUCAAAUUUGUCCCUCAGCAAUUUUGGAGGAUGUUUCAACUUUCUGUCCAAUUCAGGGAGGCUGGCUAGAUGGCUUUCGACGACAGGAAGCCUGGAGGCGAGCAAAAAGCCCGUCAGGACUGCGGUGAUGAUGCUCAAUAUGGGUGGGCCACAGACGGGCGAACAGGUCGGCGAGUACCUCCAUCGCAUUAUGACAGACAGGGACAUGAUCCAGCUACCCGUGCAAAGUACAUUAGGCCCUUACAUUGCAAAGAGAAGGACAGAGGAGGUGAGGAAAAAGUAUGAAGAGAUCGGAGGUGGUUCUCCUAUUCUUAAAUGGACAAAGAGGCAGGGCGAGCUGUUAUGUCAAAAAUUAGAUGUUCUGUCUCCGUCGACCGCACCGCACAAAUAUUACAUUGCAUUCCGUUACGUCGACCCGAUGACAGAGGAAGCUUUGGAACAAAUCGAAAAGGAUUUGCCAGAAAGGGUUGUCAUUUUUUCCCAGUACCCCCAAUACAGCUGUGCAACCACCGGAUCAAGCCUGAACGCCAUUUAUACCGCCCUCUCGAAGAAAGAAUUGAAUCCUAAGAUAAAAUGGAGUCUAAUUGACCGCUGGUCAGCACAUCCACUCUUAGCCAAAACUGUUGCCGAUCGGAUAACAACAGAAUUGAAACAAUUUCCUGUAGAGAAACAAAAAGAUGUCAUAAUACUCUUCUCUGCCCAUUCUCUUCCUCUUAAGGCUGUGAAUCGCGGUGAUUCUUAUCCGAGUGAAGUUGGUGCAACUGUACAAUUAGUUAUGCAGGAGCUUGGAAACAGCCAGCCGUAUUGUCUUGUUUGGCAGUCGAAAGUUGGCCCCCUUCCUUGGCUCCAACCUUACACCGAUAAUGCUAUACGAGAUUACGUUAAACAGGGUAAAAAGAAUUUUGUUUUAGUACCAAUAGCCUUUGUAAACGAGCAUAUAGAGACGUUGCAUGAAAUGGACAUCGAGUAUUGCAAAGACCUCGGCGAAGAGCUUGGCAUUGAGUGCAUACGAAGGGCUGCAGCACCCAACGACCAUCCACUUUUCAUUUCAGCUUUGGCCGAUGUUGUGACAUCCCACCUAAACUCUGACCAGCGGAUCAACCCGAAAUUUUUGACAAGGUGCCCACACUGCCGGAACAAGAACUGCGAGGAGUCGAAACAGUGGUACAAGAAACUCUGUCAAUGACCCUUGCCUAAAAUCAAACAUUUAAACUACAAAGUGGAUUAGGAUUCUUAUUUUUCAUUUCUAAUUAAACGUCAAAGUUAAACUUUGACCUCUACACCUGAACGAGUUAUGCCUUGAAAAAAACUGCAUUACUUUGUUUUUCCAACAAUAAAAUUAAAUAAUGUUGAAUUUUAAUAUUUAGUGUUGACAAAAAAUGUAUUUGUUAAACUUUUUGUUAAAAGUAAAAACAAAGCACCACUUACGUCUAAGGCUGAGUGUGUAUCUAAUACCUACUUUAAGGAAAAGUUAAAUAAAAGAGGUGUUUUGUA